AUGUCAGUUGAAAUGAUUGGAAUUAAACACCGUUUAGAUCAUGAAACAGAUAAUAAUGUGUAUGAAAACAAUGGAUUUGAGCAUGGAGAUACAGAGACGGUUACCGAUAUCUUGGAUGAGGAGCUAAAAAUAAAAGAAAUCGCCGUAGAAGAAGAGAUGCAAGCAUAUCAAAAAGUCAUACUAAGCAUACAAGAAUCUGUCGGGACGUCUUACAAAAGACAUAGCAAGAUCAUUUGGACCACAAUUUAUAUAUUACUACUACUGGCAUAUUGUGCAUACCUAAGUUAUGCAUUGUACUUCCGCUUCGGCGAUGAGGGCUCAUGGCGUCUUCUUGGAUUCUCAGUGUUUGGAAUUGCGCUGAUCGUCAUCAUGAAAUUGUAUCGCCAUUAUGAAAGUGAUAUUCUCAGAUGGCUUGCUCGUAAGAAGGGAUACAUGGACAAUAACUGUACGAGGAUAUUUGGAACCGUCAUUGCUUGGGUUCUGCGUCUUGGAGUACUUAUUUUCCUUAUUGUAUACAUUGUUAUUGACGUCGCUUUGGAUCAACCCCAAAAUCUUGUGUGUGUUGCUGGUCUUCUGAUAUACAUACUUCUGUUUUUCAUCACAUCUGCCAAUCCUGCAAAGGUGAAUUGGCACGCAGUUUUCUGGGGCAUAGCGCUGCAGUACAUUUUCGCUCUCAUGAUUCUGAGAACGGUAUGGGGAUAUAAUAUAUUCAAGUGGCUCGGAGAUCGUGCGACCGAAUUCCUUGAAUAUGUAGUCGCUGGAGCUGAGUUUGUUUUCGGUCAAUCGUAUGAGGAUCAUUAUUUCGCAAUGAAGGUUCUUUCCACCAUCAUUUUCUUCUUCUCAUUCAUCAAUAUAUUAUAUUAUCUCGGUGUCAUGCAAGCCAUCAUAAAAGUGCUUGGAAGAUUUCUGGCAUUCUGUCUUGGCACGACGGCGGCUGAAUCGAUCAACGCUGCAGCAAAUAUUUUUGUUGAUAUGCAAGGUGCAUGUUUGAUAGUUCGACCAUACCUUAAGACAAUGACAAGAUCCGAACUGCAUGCUGUUAUGACAGGUGGAUUUUCUACUAUUGCUGGUAGUGUGUUAGGAGCAUAUAUCAGCUUUGGGGUUCCUGCAAAUCAUUUACUGUCUGCCAGUGUCAUGAGUGCUCCAGCAGCUCUUGCUUUAUCGAAAUUGUCUUACCCGGAAACAGAACGAAGAAAAGAUGCCGAUGAUUUUUCAAGAUUGGAAUCUUCAAACGAAAGAAACCUGAUUGAUGCAGCCUCUAACGGAGCACUGGCUAGUCUGAAGAUUGUUGGCGCUAUUGCUGCGAAUGUAAUUGCUUUUAUGUCAAUGCUUGCCUUUAUCAAUGCGACUCUCACAUGGUUUGGAGACAGAGUCGGUGUGGAAAAUCUAACGUUUGAGCUUAUUACUUCAUACGUGUUUUAUCCAGUGGCAUUUUUCAUGGGCAUUGAAACGUCCGAUUGUCGGAAGGUUGCUGAGCUUAUAGGGGUUAAAACGUUUACAAACGAAUUCGUUGCUUACAGUAGACUAAAAGAUCUAAUAGCAAAUCGACACUCGUUAGAGAACUACACAAGUGUUUAUAAUACUUCUGAUUGGUACUGGAAUGACGACAACGUUGUCUUUAACAUAACUGGCGAAGUUUUGAAGGGUGGUGUUAUAACAAUAAAGUCUGAAGUUAUAGUGACCUAUGCGUUGUGUGGAUUUGCAAAUCUCAGCGCUAUUGGUAGUCAGUUAGGCGCUCUUACAGCUUUAGCACCGACCAGAAGAGCAGAUUUAGUCCAAAUUGUUUUUCGAGCGAUGGUUUGUGGCAAUGUUGCUUGCUUCUUGACAGCGUGUACUGCCGGUUUGCUGUACAAGGAGUUUUGAUCAUUUCAAUGAAACUCUUAUAUAUAACACAAAGUUUCAAUGGCGUACCAAUAACUAUUUUACUGAUAUACGAUGGAAUUAUAGAAUUUCAUGUUGUUUUUUUU